AUGGCGAGCAUCUUCCGCCGUAUCUAUGACUGGCUGCUUCGCCUGUUCUGGGCGACCGAGAUGGACAUCACUAUGAUCGGGUUGCAGAAUGCUGGCAAGACCUCGCUGUUGCGGGUUCUGGCGGGAGGAGAGUUUACUGUUGACUCCAUCCCUACCGUUGGCUUCAACAUGAAGCGUGUCCAGAAAGGCCAUGUAACCUUGAAGUGUUGGGACCUCGGAGGUCAACCUAGAUUUCGCUCCAUGUGGGAGAGAUAUUGCCGUGGUGUAAAUGCCAUAGUAUUCAUUGUCGACUCGGCCGACAGGGAGGCGCUGCCAGUUGCGCGAGAAGAACUGAAGUUGUUGCUAGAGAAGCCAGCCCUAGAAGGCAUCCCGCUCCUCGUUCUUGGCAACAAGUCUGACAUCCAAGGCAAGCUCUCGGUGGACGAGCUCAUCGAGGCACUCAACCUCAAAGAAGUGUCGCACCGAGAGGUGAGCUGUUAUGGAAUCAGCGCCAAAGAAGAGACCAACCUCGACGCUGUCCUCCAGUGGCUGAUUGCCCGAGCGAGCAAGUAA